CUUUACUGUCUUUAAGCCCCUUCAUAUCCAUGUGGUUUUUACAAUACACCAUUUUCUGUGUUUGUUUUUUUCAUUAUUGUUUUUCUUUUCGGUAUAUAGACUCUGAUUACAUUCAGUAUUGUUAAAAAGUAUUUUUAAAUGCAUUAAAUGCUGUAGUCAGACAGUUUAUUUUAAUCAUACCUAUUUAAGGCACAUAAGCGCAGCUUUACUACACAUAUUAGCUGAUGUGUAUCAUUGUGUUUGGGCUUCCACCUUACAUGAGGAUUAAAAAGAAGGUUUAUGAGAGUAAAAGCAAACAGCGACCCAAUUAGCUGUCCAGAGGUGCCUGAGUGGAUUUACACUGAUCUGUUGUAAGAACUUGAUAUAUCCAAUGGCAGCACAUUUGUAAGCAACUCUAACUCAGACAGACAGAAAGUUCAUUUCAACAACACAUUGGACUGUUAGAUAUGGGCACAGUGACAGCUCAACGUGACACUGCAGGCAUUUUCCUAUAAUCUCAUUUGAUAUGGGAGACAGGGAAAAGCAAAUACAAAUAUCUACAGUGCCUUGCAAAAAUAUUUAAACCAAUGUUUACCUAUUUUUUCGUAUUACAACUACAAGCUAGUUAAAGCCUGUCUUCCCUUCUUGGUUUCUAUCAUUCCUACUAUUAUAAAUUCCUCUCUUUCCAUUGGAACUGUUCCUGCUUCAUUCAAAACUGCAAUGAUCAGUCCUAUUCUGAAAAAACCUAGUUCAGAUCCCACUAACUUCAAUAAUCUUCGACCAAUUUCUAAUCUACCCUUCUUCUCUAAAAUUCUAGAAAAAGUAGUAGCUACUGAACUUCACACAUACUUAUCUCAUAACAACCUGUAUGAACAGUUCCAAUCUGGUUUCCGCCCUCUCCAUAGUACAGAAACUGCUCUCAUAAAAGUCACCAAUGACCACCUCAUGGCAGCUGACUCAGGCUUACUUUCCAUCCUUAUCCUCCUUGACCUAAGUGCAGCAUUUGACACCAUUUGUCAUGCCACCCUCCUCAAUAGACUUACCUCCAUUGGUAUUACUCAAACCCCUCUAAAGUUGUUUAAAUCAAAUCUCUCCCAUCGCUUCCAAUUUAUUCAGCUAAAAGGAUUUUCUUCUCAGUCUUCUUCUAUUAUUUCUGGUGUCCCCCAAGGCUCUGUCCUGGGGCCCAUUCUUUUCAUAAUCUACCUCCUCCCCCUUGGCCAUAUCUUUUGGAAACACUAUAUUAGUUUCCACUGUUACGCGGAUGAUACCCAGCUCUAUUUUUCCUGCAAACCCAUUCCCAACAUUCCGUCUACCUCCCUUACUGACUGUAUGGCUGAAAUAAAAUCAUGGUUUUCCACCAAUCUACUCAAAUUAAACAGUGAAAAUACUGAGGUUCUCCUAAUUGGCACAAAAACCACAUUAUCCAAAACAAACAUUUUCUCCAUUGAUAUUGACAACUGCUCUGUUUCCCCUUCGCCUCAGGUAAAGAGUUUGGGUGUCAUCCUCGACAGUACUCUCUCUUUCCAAUCUCACAUUAAUAACAUGACCCGGUCCGCUUAUUUUCAUCUGUGAAAUAUCAGUCGUCUUCGCCCCUCCCUCACUUCACAUACUACUGCCAUCCUCGUUCAUAGCCUUGUCACUUUCCAUAUUGAUUACUGCAAUUCCCUCCUUUUCGGUCUUCCACACAAAUCUCUUCAUAACCUUCAACUAGUUCAAAACUCACCUGCCCGUAUCAUCUCUAGAACCCCUUCCUUCCAUCACAUCACUCCUGUUCUGUCAGAGCUCCACUGGCUCCCCAUCAAGUAUCGUAUAGACUUUAAAAUCAUUCUUCUUACUUUCAAGGUUGUCCAUAAUCUCACUCCACCUUAUCUAUCCCAUCUUCUCAACGUUGCUACUCCCUCUCGCACUCUCAGAUCGUCCUCCUCUAUUCACCUGAUUUAUCUCUCUGCCCGUCUCACCACCAUGGGGGUAGGGCUUUCAGCCGCUCUGCUCCUCGGCUCUGGAACUCUCUACCGCCUGAUUUAAGGAACAUAAAUUCACUUUCACAAUUCAAAUUUUCACUAAAGACACUUGUUUAGGACUGCCUUCUGCACUUGAUUAUUUCGCACUGUUUUAACUGCUUGAUUGCUGUGUUUUUAUUUUAUUUUUUAUUUGUUCUUGUUUUUAAUGUUGAUUUGUAUUCAUUGUAAGGUGACCUUGAGUGCCAGCAAGGCACCUAUUGAAUAAAAUGUAUUAUUAUUAUUAUUUAUUAUUAAGUUUCAAUGGUUUUUACUGGGAUUUUACGUGACAAACAAACCAUAAGAGUUAAGGGAAAGGAAAAUGAUGAUGGCUUUCAUUUAUCUGGAAAUUAACAUCAGAAAAGCAUGCUCGGCAUUUGUAUUACACCCCUUUUAUUUUGAUACCCCUAAAUAAAAUCCAGUGCAACAAACUGCCUUCAAAAGACACCUAAUUAGUAAAUGGGAGUAAUUUCAUCUCAGUAUAAUUCCAGCUGAAAGUCAUGAAGACCAAGGAAGAACUUUAAAAGUUAGGUUAUAAAACAAUAUCCCAAGAUCCAAAUAUCUUGAAAAGCACCAUUGUUCAAUCCAUCAUCUAAAAAUGGAAAGAAAAUCGCACAACUGCAAACCUACCUGAACUGACAGCCUGAAAAAGAGGGUACUGUUCAAGAAGCAACCCAGAAAUCCAUGGUGACUCUGGAGAAGCUACAGAAAACCACAGCUCAGGUGAGAGAAUCAAGAUAACUGUAUGUAAUGCUCACCACAAAUCUGGUCUUCAUGGAAGAGUGACAAGAAGAAAGCCCUUUUUCAAAGAAAGCCAUAAGCGGUCCUAUAUAAAAUGUGCAACAAGGCAUGUGGGUGACAUAGCAAACAUGUGGAACAAGAGGCUUUGUUCAGAUUAAACUUUAUAAAUUUUGACCAACAUGCAAAACUGUGUGUGUUUUGGAAAAAAAUCACUGCAUAUCUUCCUGAACAUAUCAUCACCUCCAUAAAAGAUAGAGUGGGCAACAUCAUACUGCAGGGAUGUCUCUCUUUUAUGGGAUAAAGGAGACUGUUCAGAAUUGACAGGAAGAUGAAUGAAACUAAAUGCAUAACAAUCCUGGGGAAAAAACAAAAAAAGCACAACAACUUAUUCUAUAACGGAGGUUCACCUUCCAGCAGGACAACAACCCCAAAUAUACACCUGGAGCUACAAUGAAUGAUUCAGAUCAAAGCAGUGUAAUAUGUUAAAAUGGCCUAGUCAAUUGAUAAUCUGUAGCAAGACUUGAAAAAAGUACUUUGCAAAGAAUGGGCAAAAAAAAUCAGCAUUAAGAUAUUUUUAUUUGCGAAAAAAUAACAUGAACAUCAUGUAUCACUUUACAGUUACACACUGAUUGGUGUUGGUCUGUCACACAAAAUCCUGAGAUUACUCAUUGAAGGGUGUGUUUGUUUUUCCAACAUUAAAGGACCUUGCUUUGUGACCUUGUUCAGUGACCUUGCUCAGUGCAGUGUCUGAAUGCAAUAAACUGAAUUCCUUCUGGUGUUUACCCUCAUCAUAUCAAGAAUGUAACUGAUCUAAAUACAGGUAUUUUCUGGUAUAUAUCAAGACACUGCUACACUAACAGAUUUUCCUGUUGGCUAUUUCUCCAGCUCCUUAGAGGGGUCAAAGACCAGAGAUAAUGAAGCAAAAUCAAACACAGCUUUACGGAAUUUCACUUGUUAGUUAAAGUCAGCAGAUACGUUGCUGAAGGCUCAGAUAUGACCCUUACUGUAAAAAUGAGGUUUUACUAUCAGGUAGACAUAGCUAGAGGCAUAAGCGCCAGUUAUAUCAGCAUAUCAUAUAAUGGCUGAUGGUUAAUGAGUGUGUGUGCAGUGUUGCAAGGUGUGAUAUUUUUGAAAAGGUGCAGGUUAAAAUUUGAAAUGGUAAACUGCAUUAUGUAAAUGUCCUUAUCUUCUCAUCAGGAGAUGUGCAGCUAGGGACUUUAUAAUGUGAGUUUUAUGCAGCCAAUGCCAUUCACCUCAUGUGUUCUUUGUUUUUAUGGUGUGCUGGAAGUCAUCAUGUGGACAGAGAAAUUUACAUUUGAUCCAAAAGAGGGAAUUGAUAACCCUGCCUUGGUCAUCACAGACUGCACAGAUUCAGUGUGGAUUCCCAGGCCACGCCUGUGUGUUCUUAAAAGAGAAGAAGGGGACACCUAUGGCUUCAACCUGCGGGUGGAGAGGGAUUCUAAUGGACAUGUGAUUAGAAAUGUGGAGUCAGGGGGGGUCGCAGCACGCAGUGGCCUUCGAGAUGGAGACAGACUUCUGGAGGUCAACAACUGCUAUGUUGACGAUGUACCCCACCCUGAGGUUGCUAGGAAGAUUAAGCUUAGUGGACAGCAGUUAUGCUUGUUGGUGCUGGAUGGUGAGGAGUAUGAGCAGGCUGUGGCAGGAAGUCAGGACCUCAGAUUGUUGUCAGGAACCCUCGAUGAAGAACCCUGCAAGCCACCAAAACUCUGUCACAUCACCAAGGAUCCUAGCUCAGGUCUGGGCAUCAGCUUUACAGCCUUGGAAGGAGAGAAAGGUCGGUUCUCAGUGAACCUGGUGAAAGGAGGUGCAGCUGAAAAGGCCGGAGUCCACAAGGGAGAUCACCUGGUGUGGAUGAACGGAGCAAUGGUGUCCCACCUUACACACUCUGCCCUAAAUCGAAUGAUGAAAAAAUGUGGAAAUAGCAUCACAAUCUUGGUGAUAGACAGUGAGAGUGAGAAGAUCUACAUGCAAAGGAAGAUUCCCAUUUUGCCUGCCAUGGCUGUGCCCCACAAGCUGCCCUUCAGAGCCAGAAAGCUCCACCUGAUCUCUGGGCCAGAAGGAUAUGGAUUUCUCCUCCGAAUGGAGAAGACACUAUCAGGAAACACAUAUCAUUUUCUUCGUGAGAUCGACAGCGGCAGUCCGGCAGAGAGGGCAGGUGUGCAGGAUGGAGAGGUCCUGCUGGAGGUCAACAGAGAGUCAGUAGAUUCGCUUGGACACGAUGAGAUUGUGGAGAGAGUGAAAAAAAGUGGAAAGCAGGUCUUCCUCACCACAAUUACUCAAUGUGGGUUAGGAUUUUACAACCAGCUGGGCUUGUCUCCUCUUCUGUUUUGUGAUGGUGAAGCAACUGAGAAAGAAACUGAGAACAUCGUGGAUGUUCAGCAAUAUCCAGACACAAACAAUGGCAGUUCUAAACUCUGCACAGUCAAAAAAGGUCCUCUUGGAUAUGGCUUUCACCUAGACUCUUUUCUGCAGAGACCUGGGACUUUCAUCAGUGAGGUGGCUUCUGGAGGUUCUGGGCAGAGAGCAGGACUGGUUUUGGGAGAUGUUGUAUUGGAAAUUGAUGGCAAAAAUGUGGAGGAGAAAUAUCUGGACGAUGUAAUUACUCUGGUGAAAAAUGGAGGGAGCUGUCUUUCUUUAUUAGUUAUGGAUCAAAUAAGCUACGAGAAAAAGAAAGAGAGCGAUAGAACAGCAUCCAAUAUCACAAACAGAGAGGAAGAAGAUUUUGAGAUUUCAUUUUUGUGAGCAUGAACAAUUCUGAAGACUUUUCUCAGCACCAUGCACCUUUUUGGAGACUUUAUAAAGAGACAAAACCUUUGCUAAUGUUAUACCAAAGUUACCUUGAUCAUACAAGGAUUCAGAGGAAAUCCAAACAACAAAACUGACAAGCUAAAUAUGAAACCAAUUUUAUGAAGGAUAAAAAUAUGGUAUUUGUGAUGGCAUGAGAAUGCCAUUGUGUUCAGUAUUAUGGAUUAAAGUGAGUUUCACUUCAAUUUAAUAUAGCACAAAAAUUGCUUUGCAGCAACUAUCUGAGGAAAUAGACACUUCACAACAAUUUACUAAACGCUAUCCCAUAAGUAGCAAACAUACAAAAGAACUUUGUGAAAAUGAUAUACCAGUGUUUUCUGAGAUCUUAGAAAAUAAUAAGGAUGCAAAAAUAAUAAGGUGGUGAGCACAAUACUUAUUUUUGAUGCUUUUGUUAAAAUGUAGAUAUUACCAACUUAGCUAAUAUUAUGUAAUUGAUAUGACAUAAUGUAAGUUAUGUAAAAUUACAAUAAAGAAAUCAAUUUCUUUGCCAAAGAUUGAACUAUUUAUGCUUUAUCUAAGGAUCAUAACCCAGUGAGUUAUGGGAGUGACACAAACGUAACUUUGCAGCUUUACUUUUUGAAUCUUGUUGCCACCAGUGCAGAGUUUGCUUCACAGUGGCAGCAGGUCAAUUAGUCACUGUGGUUAACUCUGUGAAACAUUGUGAACAUCUUAGCCACUGUGAGUCAGGAUUUCUAUAUAUGAACAAGUUUUAUCUGAAGUACCACUUGGGAAGCAAAAUAUCAUUUAGGAUAAUCUACUCUGAGUGCUAUCUGCUUGUGGUCAGAACACCCACGUCUCAGAAUAGUGUCUAUAACCACAGUAACUGCAGUGCACACAAACACCUAUUGUCUGAUGUUCUUUCCACACAUUUAGCUACUUCUACUAGAUUUUCCAAAGAUCUUUUAGAUUCGGUCAAUUAUACCUCUUGUCCAGCAGAUGAUGUCCCAAAACCUUCAUGACAAAUUGUUAUUAAGAUCUCGCUAUGCUAAUGUGAUCUAUGGCUGUUUGUUUGGAUUUCCUUUAAAACAAAUAUUCUGCUAGUUUAGAAGUCAUGAAAGCUUUUAAAAUCAAAUAUAAAUCCUGGUUGGGCUGGGGUUGGGGAUCCUCGGUAAUGUCAGUUAGUCUGAGUUCCUCCAGACUUCCCUCUGGAUCCUAACUUGCUGAGGCUCCCCUAGCAAUGGUCUCUGCUGUGUUGGUGGUGAGAUAAUGGUGAGGGAGAGGGCUGUCAACUGCCUGAUGGUCAUACAAAUACAUGACAUUCCUAUUUUAUUAAUGUGGCCCGAGUGCCAUCUUGAAAUAUCCUUUUUGUAGAGCAAAACUGCCCCUUUACAUGUAGGCAAACAUUUUCUCUUUUCCAGAAAUGUAGGGACAGGAAACUUGAAAAAAAAAACAACAAAAAACAUAAAUAUUUCAUGAUUAUUCAUAACUUUAAAUUUGGAUUAAUGUGUGGGAGUAAUGCAUGCCAGCUUUUUUAUUCUUUAAAAUAUAUGUUGGAAACCUUAAGUGAGCUCAGCUCCAGUCAACAAAAGAUUACUUUAUAUGCAACACCAGCCGCAUAGCUUUCCCUCUCAAGUUCAAACAAGGUGGCAGAAAAAGAAAAAGUACAAUUUUAUUUAUUGCCUGUGUAAUGGGAUGUGACCACAUACUUGCCAAAUUUCAUCUCUGAUUAGUUGAUAGACUUCACCUCAAGCUGCUAACUCCCAUAGCUGAGUUGCAAGUUUUAAGCUCAGAGAAGAAAACACACACACGAAAAUAAAGACACAAAAAGAAUGCAGCAAGACGCUCUGUUAAAUAGAACACAAGAACCAGGUCUGAAAACCCUGGUUUCAAUGUUUUUGUGCACAGCACGUUGUUUUUAGUUUCUGCAGAGAGUUUUUUUUUUCUUCUGCACCACAUACACACACACUUUGUUUUGCAGUAUAGAACCACCAAGUCCUCCGAACGGUCCUGAACAUGCAACCUCUCAGUCGGAGUGAACUCCACUGAUUAUUCAAAGAUUUCCCAUCUCUAAAUCACAUGGGUUGCAAUGCGAAAUAGGUUCUGUGAGUAAAACAGCAGCAAGAUUUGGACAGAGCCAGGCACGCCUCAUACUUCUGUUAUCCUGAUGUGAGAGUCUGAUGGAGGAAAGGUCCUUCUGAAAUGCUCAUCCUUCCUGCCUGGUUUUCCCUCUGCCAGACUUUUAUUUUAGAUUUGUACUAGAUAUCAUAACUCAAAACUAGGCCAUGAACAAUUUCUUUAAUCUUUAGAGAGAGCAGAAACUGUAUUAAAGUCUCUUACAGGGUUUGUUUCAUGCUUAGUUCAUAUUUUAGUUGUAAUGAUUUAAAAAAAACAGUAGAUUAUGGUGGUUACUGAUAAGUUAAUUCUUAAAACUAUAAGAAACAUGUUUCAGUAUUCAUUCAAUUCCGUAUUGUUGAUUCUUAAAUUAAGACUUAUCAUUCCUUGUUUCAAUUAUAAGGAAGCUCCUCUAAAGGGAGAAUGUCAUUUUAAAUGAGACUGGUAAACAAUAGAAACAAUAGAAAAAAAAAUUUCUUGAUAUGUUUAGAUUUUAUUAACCUUGUUGGAAAUCAAAUGCUAUCAUUUAAUUCCCAAACUUCUAAGUCUUUCAUUUAUUUUUUGUUAUAAGGGUUUGUUUCUGUUUCGGCCCAACACCAGACACUUAAGUUACAGCUGAGAUAUUGUAUUGUUUAUUAAUUAAUUAUUUUUAUCUGAAACUUUCCAGUUAUGUGAAAAUUUUAAUCGUGUUUCUGUUUAUGUUUUAUGAUGUAAGGCAACCUUGAGUGUCAAGAAAUGUAUUAUUAAUAUUAGUAUUAUUAUUAAAAGUAACCCAUGAUUUUA